UGGGCCUGACAGUGUCAGAUUCAAGUCCUGACUGUGCCGCUCUGUAUCCUGAGCAGUAAAUCAGCACCACCUUAUUACAUUCCACUUCUAGUCAGCAUCAUUGUAAUGAGAUAACAAGUAUGAAAAUAUUGCAGUGGUUUCCUGUUGUUUUUGCAGGAGUCCUCCAUGAAAGGAAUUCAUUCAGAAAAUGGAGGCAAGACAGCUGAAAAGAGAUGUUCAGGCCCUUAUUGGUGAUUACAUUGGGCAGAAACUCAGGGAGAAUUCUUUUGAUCCAAAGGGGAAAGGGACCUCCACAAUGCUGGAUGACCUGGCUCAUUAUGACCUUGCCAUUAGCGUUGCCCUUUGGUGGUUGGACAAAGAAGAGGGACGGGAUGUACUUGACAGAGACAUCAUUGGAGCAACAUGCAGCUCAGGAAGUGCCCAGUACCCUAACCGCUUAGAACGGGAGGCUAUGAUCCUGUCGUCCUUUGCUGGGAUCAUCAUGAAUAGCCUCCCUGUGGAGGAAAUCUUGGCACUGUACAGGUGUAAACCAGCGGCUUCAUACCCCAACCAACAAUCUAAGGGCACAAUUGUCUAUCCCUUCACUCUCUCCUACCAUCCAUUUGCCAUGCUCGGCUCUUACAGGGCUGUGUACCACUCCAAAAAGCACAGUCUAAAGCUGAAAAGAUGGCUGUCUGAGAGGGUGAAGGCUCGUGCCCCGCCUGGACGAGUCUCUGUGCAAUCGUCAUCAUCGUCCUCCUCGUCUCACACCUUCCUGAGUGACAGCAAUGAUGGCCGUGAUGAUGGAAGAACUGAGCACUAUGAGGGUUCACAAGAGUCUGUGCAGGACUGAGGGCACCCUCCAGUCGAGUUUCCUGCAGUGUAGUUUUGUCCUUAUAUCUCUACAGUAUUUUUUAUAUACUGUAGAUCUAUAUCUAUAUCUAUAUCUAUAUCUAUAUCUAUAUCUAUAUAUCCUAAUACACAGUAUGGGUAACAUAAUUGACCUGAAGCUUGAGAACUGUGUUAUAACCUUACUCUUUAAUAACUGUCAGCAUUGGGGAGUUACUAUUUAAGUGUGACUUGGUACAUGUUGCUAAAUUCCAAAACAAAUGUAAUUGUGAUCUGUUCCAGUGACUGGGAACAAAAUAUGUAAUUAAAAUGAACUUAUUGAUCAAAACAUUAGUGAUUGUGAAGGAGUAACAUUUUUAAAUAUGCAUUAUUUUAGAUAUAAAUCUUAGAUGUAGUACCGAAGAUUUGUUCUGAUGGACAAUGCGUUUGAGCAUUGUUUUUGAUUUUUGGUUCUCUUGUUUGAAUUUGCACCACCUCUCAUCUGCCAAUCAAAUGAUUGUGGAUUACUUGCAUUGAUUUGAUUGCCACUAUGUGUGUUCAACACAUAAUCUAGCUCUUUAUUUUAUCAGUGCUGUCUAGUUGACUAAAUAUUUUACAUUCUGCAAGAUUUAAAAUGCGUAUAAAAAGAAUAUAACACCAUACCUCAAGUUAU